AAUUUAAUUCAUAGAGUUUACCAGCUAUGUCCUUGUCUGGGCCAGUUUAGUCGACGGGAAACGCAUCGUCAUCAAUGCUUUAUUUAAUUCCAGACUUUUUUUAAAAAAAUAUCAAAAAUUAGGGAUCCGACCCGGAUUUGUUAUUUGGAACCCGACCCGAUAAAUUGGCCCCAUGAACUCCCGCUCCGAUGCCGUUUUUCAAUUUCAUUUUGAAAUUUGUAAUCUCCCCCAAAAGUUCGAUUUCUCUCUCUCUUCUCUGACCAACGUCUCUCUCUCCUCUCUCUAGAGAAAUGGCUCCUCCCUUUGUUUUCCCCCAAAUUCUGCGAGCCCUAGAAGAAGAUCCGGAAGACAAUCAUCGCCUCUUCGCUCAGAACAUCGUCGAUGUGACUUCUCUUCGCCCUUCCGAUCUAGAAGAAUUCGUCAAAGGUGUAUCCUUUGACUUAUCUGAUAGGGAACUCUUCUGCGUCGAAGAUCAAGAUGUUUUUGAUCGUGUUUACUCUUUGGUCAGGAGCUUUUUCAGUCUUCCUCCGUCUUGCAAGUGUAAUCUUGUGGAGAGUCUCCGGUCUAAUCUAAGUGUUCUUCUUCCGAAUGUUGAUUCGAUUUCACGGUCUGUUCAAGAUCAAGAGGAUGAAGUUCCAAUCAUUGAUAGGAUCACAUCGCAUCGCAAUGCCUUGAAGAUAUAUACUUUCUUUCUCCUCACUAUUGUUAUGACUGAAGAGUCACACAUCAGCUCAAUUGACAGCACAAAGGUCGCAGCACGAGGGAGGAAAAAGCAAAUUAUCCAGUCAUGGAACUGGGAACCUCAGAGGGGUAGGAUGCUCAAUUUGAUUGCAAAUUCUCUUGAGAUCAACCUCUCCUUGCUCUUUGGAUCAUCAGAUCUUGACGAAAACUACCUCUCUUUCAUUGUCAAAAACUCCUUCACUCUUUUCGAGAAUGCCACAAUAUUAAAAGAUGUUGAAGCAAAAGAUGCACUGUGCCGCAUCAUCGGAGCAUCUGCUACAAAGUACCAUUACAUUGUUCAGUCAUGUGCCUCAAUCAUGCACUUGAUACACAAAUACGAUUUUGCUGUUGUACACGUUGCUGAUGCAGUUGCUAGAGCUGAAAGUAAGUAUUCUGAUGGUACGCUGGCCGUGACAAUCAUUAGAGAUAUUGGGAGAACUGACCCGAAAUCCUACGUUAAAGAUACAGUUGGGGCUGAUAAUGUGGGACGUUUCUUGGUCGAGCUUGCUGAUCGUAUGCCAAAACUAGUGUCGACAAAUGUUGGAGUUUUGGUCCCUCAUUUUGGUGGUGAAUCAUACAAGAUAAGAAAUGCACUAGUUGGUGUUCUUGGAAAAUUAGUUGCAAAAGCAUUUAAUGAUGGCGAGGGAGAAAUGAGUUCCAAGUCCCUUCGUCUGCGAACUAAGCAAGCUAUGUUGGAAAUUUUGCUCGAACGAUGUAGAGAUGUUUCAGCCUAUACAAGGAGCCGAGUUCUUCAGGUGUGGGCUGAACUUUGUGAAGAGCAUUCUGUUUCAAUUGGCCUAUGGAACGAGGUUGCAUCACUUUCUGCUGGAAGACUGGAAGAUAAGAGUGCAAUUGUUAGAAAAUCCGCACUGAAUUUACUGAUCACGAUGUUGCAACAUAACCCCUUUGGUCCACAGCUUCGAAUAGCUUCAUUUGAGGCAACCCUGGAGCAGUAUAAAAGAAAACUGAAUGAACUUGAACCAAGCCUCCCUACUGAGCAUGCAUCAAAAGAGUCAACUUCAGAUGGUGAGUCCUGUAUUGGAGAUGGUGAAAUCGAUGACUUGCAUCUUGAAGCUACAAGUAAGAUGCAUCAAGAUAGUCUAUCUGAUAGCUGUCAGCCAGAGAACGGAGAAGAAAUUAGUGAAAAGGAUGUCUCUGUUCCAGAUAUUGGUAACCUUGAGCAAACCAAGGCCUUGAUUGCUUCCCUAGAGGCUGGAUUGAGGUUCUCGAAGUGCAUGUCAGCUAGUAUGUCGAUCCUUGUUCAAUUAAUGGCUUCAUCUUCUGCCACUGAUGUUGAGAAUGCUAUUCUCUUGUUGAUGAGGUGUAAGCAGUUCCAAAUUGAUGGUGCAGAAGCUUGUCUCCGUAAAAUUCUGCCUCUGGCGUUUUCUCAGGAUAAGUCUAUCUAUGAGGCAGUAGAGAAUGCCUUCAUCUCAAUCUACAUAAGGAAAAAUCCAGUUGACACGGCGAAGCAGCUGUUGAACCUGGCCAUAGAUUCAAAUAUAGGAGAUCAGGCAGCACUAGAGUUUAUUGUUAAUGCUUUGGUGUCAAAAGGUGAAAUAUCUAGCAGCACGACAUCGGCUCUAUGGGACUUCUUUUGCUUUAACAUCAAUGGGACAACUGCAGAGCAAAGUCGUGGGGCUCUAUCUAUCAUUUGCAUGGCUGCAAAGUCUUCCCCUAGGAUUCUUGGAUCACACAUGCAGGAUAUUAUUGAUAUUGGGUUUGGCCGUUGGGCAAAAGUGGAACCUCUACUUGCCAGAACUGCAUGCACUGCUAUUCAGCGGCUUUCCGAUGAAGAUAGGAAAAAAUUAUUGCUCAGCAGUGGCAGCCGGUUGUUUAGUAUUCUUGAAAGCUUGAUCACUGGGAACUGGCUUCCAGAAAACAUAUAUUAUGCUACUGCUGAUAAAGCCAUAAGUGCGAUAUACAUGAUCCACCCAACUCCAGAAACCUUGGCUUCUACUAUUAUUAAAAAGUCCCUGAGCACUGUGUUUGAUGUAGUUGGACAAGAUGAACCACAGCCUGAUACCGACAAUAAUAAAGUUGAUAUUCUGACUCCAGUUCAAGUAGCAAGACUCAGUAGAUUCUUGUUCGCUAUCAGUCACAUUGCCAUGAACCAGUUGGUGUAUAUAGAAUCUUGUAUCCAGAAGAUCCGGAGACAGAAGACCAAAAAGGACAAAGCGGCUGCUGAAAGUCAGAAUACAGAUGAAAACCUUGGGGCCACACAAGAGAACAAUAGCAUAAAUGCUGAGCUAGGACUUGCGGCCUCUGAUGAUGCACUGCUUGACACACUCGGUGAAAGAGCAGAGAGGGAAAUUGUUUCUGGUGGUUCUAACGAGAAGAAUCUGAUUGGGGAGUGUGCAACUUUUCUCUCAAAGCUUUGCAGAAAUUUUUCUCUGCUGCAAAAGCAUCCUGAACUACAAGCUUCCGCAAUGCUUGCAUUAUGCAGGUUUAUGAUUAUUGAUGCAAGUUUCUGCGAAUCCAAUCUCCAGCUUCUCUUCACAGUUGUUGAAAAUGCACCGUCCGAAGUUGUCCGGUCAAAUUGCACCCUUUCACUUGGAGACUUGGCAGUUCGUUUUCCAAAUCUUUUAGAACCUUGGACAGAAAAUAUGUAUGCCAGGUUAAGGGAUGCUUCAGUUUCUGUCAGGAAAAAUGCUGUCCUGGUCCUUUCACAUCUUAUAUUGAAUGAUAUGAUGAAGGUGAAAGGACAUAUCAAUGAAAUGGCUAUAUGUAUAGAAGAUGAUGUGGAGAGGAUCUCUAGUCUCGCAAAACUAUUUUUCCAUGAACUGUCUAAGAAAGGAUCGAAUCCCAUAUACAAUCUACUUCCUGAUAUACUUGGGCAGUUAUCCAACCGUAAUUUAGAGAGGGAGACAUUCUGUAAUGUCAUGCAAUUCUUGAUCGGCUCCAUCAAAAAGGACAAACAGAUGGAGGCUCUGGUUGAGAAGCUUUGCAAUAGAUUUAGCGGAGUCACAGAUGGAAAACAGUGGGAAUACAUUUCGUAUUCUCUUUCGCUGCUGACAUUCACAGAAAAGGGAAUCAAAAAACUUAUUGAGUCAUUUAAGUCUUACGAGCAUGCUUUAGCAGAGGAUUUGGUGACCGAGAACUUUAGAAGCAUAAUCAAUAAGGGAAAGAAGUUUGCGAAACCAGAACUCAAAGCUUGCAUCGAAGAGUUUGAAGAGAAAAUCAACAAGUUCCACAUGGAGAAGAAAGAACAAGAAGAAACUGCAAGAAAUGCCGAGGUUCACAGAGAGAAAACCAAGACCAUGGAAUCUCUUGCUGUCCUUAGCAAAGUGAAAGAAGAACCUGUAGAAGAAUAUGAUGAAGAUGAAGAUGAAGAUGAAGAUGAAGAUGAAGAUGAGGAUGAAGGUGAAGAUGAACGUGAAGAUGUUUCAGACAGUGAAAUUGUGGAUCCAUCAAUGGAAGAAUCAGGCGAUAGUUUGAUUGCAACUGAGACUGAAAUUGUGGAUCCAUCAAUGGAAGAAUCAGGCGAUAAUUUGAUUGCAACUGAGAUUGAAAUUGUGGAUCCAUCUAUGGAAGAAUCAGGCGAUAAUUCGAUUGCAACUGAGACCGAGGGUGAGCAAUCUGACACAGAGGAUGAGCAAUCUGACUCAGAGGAUGAGCCAUCUGACUCGGAGGAAGAGCCAGAUUCUGAGCAAUGUGAUACCCCCAAUCCUCGUUCCUUAAACCAAAAGACUAAUGGCGGGGAAGAAGGCGAAUCAGAAAGCAAGAGUACAGAGUCAUCAAGCAACAUCAGGAGAAACCUGAGGUCACGAAGUAGAAGUUAGAAGAAACAUUGUGUAUAUGCAGAGAGAGAAUGUGUCUGGUCAAAUUGCUCAACAUCUCGAGAGCUAUCUUAUAUAAACUACGUCUGUUUUGGUCACUACUUUGGUUCCUCUCUAUGUAGCCCAGAUAUUGAAGAAUCGACCAUUUUUAAUGUCUAAUGCUUGCUUAGUUGUGAUUUGUGAACUUGUGAUAAAUUAGAGCUAAUUCGUCCAAGUAUCACUACAAGAGCAAGCUCUUCUUUUGUCGCCAAAAUCUGUAAGACCUGAAUCAAAUAAUUUUAUAUCAAAUUCCUUUUGUUUUCUA